UCGAGAUGACAACCUCCAUUUCCGGUUGGCUCCCUCUGGAGUGUUUUGAGUGUCCUGAGAGGUCAGAUUGCCGACAGACAUGGCCCAUGGACAUGGACAUGAACAUGAACACAGACAUAGUAAAAUGGAACUCCCAGAUUAUAAACAGUGGAAGAUAGAAGGGACACCAUUAGAAACUAUCCAACAGAAGCUGGCUGCGCAAGGACUAAGAGAUCCAUGGGGCCGCAAUGAAGCUUGGAGAUACAUGGGUGGCUAUGCAAACAAUGUUUCCUUUGUUGGUGCAUUAUUAAAAGGAUUCAGAUGGGGAUUUGCUGCAUUUGUGGUAGCUGUAGGGGCUGAAUAUUUCCUGAAGUCCCUGGAUAAAGGUGAGAAGCAUCACUGAAGAUAAUACCUGGAAGUAUCUUAGUGAUUUCAUAACUCUCUUAUAAAAAUAAGAUUUCUUCACUAUAGCCUACUUGUGUCUGUUUGUCCCUUAAAGAAUAUAAGUAAGAUUUAAUAAAGAAAAGCAUAUA